AUGGGCCCCUGUACCGCCUCCUCAUGCUGCUGCCAGGCCCGUAAUCUGCCAUGGGCCCCCGUACCUACUCCUCAUGCUGCUGCCAGGCCCGUAAUCUGUCAUGGGCCCCUGUACCGCCUCCUCAUGCUGCUGCCAGGUCCAGAGUGUGUCAUGGGUCCCUGUACGGCCUCCCAUUGCUGCUGUCUCUAUCGCCACACUCUGCCAUGUGCCACUUUCAGGUCUCCUCACACUGCUGGUGGUUUCCAUUUUUGUCAUAGGGUGCUGUAUGGCCUCCCAUUGCUGCUGCCUCCACCGCCACGCUGUGGCUCCACACUCUGGUUUUGGCCCCGUGACUGCCCAAAUGAGUGAAGUGUGCGGUGAUUCUAAGAUCGACGGCACUCAUCUGCAUGUCAUACUGACUGUCAGUAUUAUUUCUCUUCCCCAGCAGACUCCAAGGACAUUUAAAUUAAAGGUACAGUGUUCUGCACUAAUAUAA